GAUGAAUCUUUCUGUAAAUAUGAAAGAAAUUUGGAGGCAGCAGAUCCAGCAAAUAUGUCAGUUGAAGAAGCUGAUGAGAUGCUGAUCAAAUGUGAAGGUGGUGUAGAAGCAGCCCUAAGGUAUGCCAAAAUGUGGUGCAAAUACGUCAAGGAGCUGUUGAAUUGGAUAGACAAACGUAUUACUUAUGAAAUUGAAUUUGCGAAGAACAUCCUGAAGAUAGCUGAAGCUGGAAGAAAUAUCAUUUUUUCCCUUGAAUUUGCGAAGAACAUCCUGAAGAUAGCUGAAGCUGGAAGAAAUAUCAUUUUUUCCCAGAACGGUAUGCCUCUUCAGACUCUCUAUACUAUGGUUAUGGAGCAUGACAUAAAGGCCGGGAACGUAGCCAUCGAGACAGCUGGAACUUUACAUCUGAGAGAAUAUUACGAGCCUCUUUGGGCCAAAAGGAAUGAAAUUGAGAAAUGGCGGAAGGAAUUCAAAGAUCAGUGGCAGAGAGAGCAGAAAAGGAUGAAUGAUUCCUUGUCAUCGAUGCGCAAAUCCCGCCUCCAUUACCUCCAGCGUUGUGAGGAUUUGGAAAAAGCCAAAGUGCAAAGUGCCAAAGCGGAAGAAGAGUUCCAGGCUAUCACAAGUAGUGGAAACAAGCAGUUGGAAAAACGGCGACGUUAUCGAGAUGAGGCUCAGUUAAAGGCUCAGGAAUCAGAAGUCACAUAUAGAAGCUGUGUUUCUGAAGCCAACUAUCGCCAUCUGGAACUGAAAAAAGUCCGGGAGAGAAUUAUCUCUCACAUUCGCAAGCUAAUGUUUCAAGGAGAUGAAAUGCUGAGGAGGGUCUCUUUGAGGAUGUUCAAGCUACAGCAGGCCCAAGCAGAACGAAUCCCUGUAGGGUACCAGAACCUGACUGAAUUCUGCAAGCCCUACAGCAUUGGUGAAAAAUAUCUGGAAUUUAUUCAAAAGCUGCCAAAAAAAGAGCUUCCCAUUGAGGUGUACAAGUUUGAAGAAUUUGUACCAUCUGGGCAGAAGUCACCCUCUUCUGGUAGAAGAAAAAAUAUUGCACCUUGUACUCGCAUUUAUUCAUCAGCUGUUGAUCUCAACAGUUCAUCAGAAGAAACUUCUGGGAAGCCAUCUUCCUCAAGCAGUGAGCAAAGUGCCAACCAAUCUUUCUACAGUGACACAGAGAGCCUGGGAGGGAGCACUGAAUGCCAGUCCUUGGAUUCACCUACAUCCAGCCCAGGCCACAAGAAGUUGCUGAAAGCUCCAUCCACUGGAACUGUGUCCUCCUCAGAAGACUGUGAAGAGAAAGAUUUGAUACAAGCCUAUGACAAUGAUCUAAAUGAUGUUGCAUCUGAAAAUGGUUUGUCCCAUUGCCAGUUUAAAAACAUAAUCCUGUCAAGCGCUGCUCAGACUCAUCGGCUACGAAAACUGAGGGGUCCCUCAAAAUGCAGAGAGUGUGAGAACUUCAUGGUCAAUGGUAUUGAAUGCGAAGAAUGCAUGCUGACCUGCCAUAAGAAAUGUCUGGAGAGCCUUCUCAUCAACUGUGGUCAUCAAAAACUGCCAGCCCGAGCAUCACUCUUUGGAAUUGACUUCAUUGAUGUGCCAAGGGAUUUCCCAGAGGAGGUGCCAUUUAUUGUGAUGAAAUGUACAUCAGAGAUAGAAAGUCGUGCCUUGGGAGUGCAGGGAAUAUACCGCAUUAGUGGGGCAAAAGCACGCAUGGAGAGAUUGUGCCAAGCCUUUGAGAAUGGCCAGAGGUUGGUGGAGGUCUCAGAUCACUCACCCCAUGAUAUUACUGGAGUCCUUAAACAUUUUCUUAAGGAGCUUUCCAGCCCUGUGCUUCCAUAUAAGCUUUAUGAUGAUUUCAUGGCUCUCUCAAGGAAUUUGCAGAAAACUGAAAACAGAACUGGGAAUCAUUCUGAGACAGAUCCCAUCAAGACCGCCAAGGAUUUGCUGAGCAAAUUUCCAGCAACAAAUUAUAAUACUUUAAGGCACCUCAUUGCUCAUCUGUACAGGGUGGCUGAAAGAUAUGAGGAGAACAAGAUGUCUCCCAACAACCUGGGCAUCAUCUUUGGUCCUACACUAAUCCGCCCUCCCUGUAACAAUGAUGUGUCCAUGUCAUGCCUUGUGGAUUCAGGAUACCAGUCCCAGCUGGUUGAAUUUCUUAUCCUCAACUAUGAAAAGAUAUUUGGGAUGGAUGACCUGCCUUCAGCUGGUCUUUGUGAAUUUGAAAACUCUUUGAAACAGGCAAAUACUAAUGAAGCUUUUUCAAGCAACCAAAGACAUUCCAGUGCAUCUUUAGAGAACCCUGCCUCCAAGCUUUGUUUGGGUGAAAAUGAUUGUGGAACUGAGGAUUGUUCCUCCACUGAGGACAAGCAGAAAGACAGUGUGGAGCAAACUCUCAACCCCAUAAGCAGAGACCCCAUAGAGCUGAACAGCACAAAUGACGCAGAACUAAAAGACUCUAUACUUGAUCCAGAAGUCACUCUCAGUCCGCAGUGCAGGGGACGCUUCAGCCGAAUGCCAGUGAAACAUCCUCGUACCAUCAUCCCCAGAGUUUCCAGCCUGCCCCUGCUGGCUGCUGUUCUCUCUAAUCCAGAGGCAGCCAGUAACCUGUUGGAGACGGGUCCAACUAGCCGCAGUGCCUCCCCUGAUACCUCUGGGAAGCGUAAGCAUUUCGAGAUCACGCCAGAAACUGCUAGGAUUGUCUCUAAGCUGCAGCCUCAGAAUGGAACACAAGAUUAUUGUCCAGCUCAGCUUGGGGCCGCUCUCCAGGAAAAGCCUCUGGAUGCCCUGGUAGAAAGUAAAGCUGAAUCCUGAGCUAAAAUGUUUUCUUGGGAAGUGAACUGGACAAAGGACUCGAAUCCCAGUUCUUGGAGACAUUCUGGAAUGCGAAAAUCACAAAACAUCCUGGCUCCCUCUCACCUAGUGUAUUUGGAGAACAAACCAACCAACCAGCUCCGGAUACAUCUAGGAGGAAUGAGGUAUUUAUACGAUGUCUCCAAAGAAAAGAGUAAGCUAGAGCUGAGUUGUUGGGAUACUAGAAAUGAUCAACCCAGUGAAGCAGGCUUUCAAAACGGGACUAUUACUGCAAAGGGACUGUGGAGAAGCAGAAUACUGCUAGGGAAAAUGGUAGGGAUUUUGCAGAAAUGGACAGAGCCUUGGAAAUAACUGCCCAUACUGCUCAGGGGCCAUAUUUGGGCAGUAUGUUAAUAUACGGCACGAGUAUUCAAGAUGGCUCAGGAUUAUGUUUGACAAGGAUGACAUGACUGUGUUGAAACCACAUGAUGGGGGAUUGGAUCAGAUUGCUAUCAGCAAAACAACAUAUAUCCUGGAAGUUUAAAGGUAUCAAAAUGAUCACUAAAGAGAAAUAAAUUCCAUGUAAAUUGUGCAAUAAUCCUUGGAAAUCUUGUAAUGCCAUCUCUCUAGCUUCUGAGCCCAAGCAUGUUUAGACAUAUCAACCCUCAACACUGGAAAUGUACUUCUUUAAAAAAUGAAAAUAUGUUUGGGAAGCUGAGUUCUGUAUUCAUUAUACAUAUCUAUGCUUUUUAUCCCUAUUGGUUUGCGCAGAAUAAUAGUCCAAGAAUAGUGCUGGCUAUACAGUAUAGUGGUUCUCUACUGAGAGCUUGCUAACUUUAGGAGGAAAGCAUGAAUGAGAGUACAGAAGGAGGCAAUGUAUGUUUCUUGCAGAGAAUGCCUGGAUGUAGAGAUAGGGAGAUGGGGCAGGGCAGGUGGAUAGCUGACAUGGUGUUGCUGGAAUAUUUUAUUACUAGCAUGCUAGUGUGUAUAAGUUUCUCUUUGUGUAGAGUUGCCACCUGGACAUUAAGCAUGAAUUUUUACAGGCAUCUUCCCACUAUAUAUUUCUUAAGUUCCAUCAUCUAUCUCUCCUCACUUUUUGUGCAGCGUAAUUGGUUGAGUUCACACAGUGCAUUAAACCAUGGUGUGUUUUAAUCUUGAUUUGAUUAAGAAGUUAUAGUAUUUGGUUUACACAUAAUAAGCCAUAAACUAUUGUUUACAAACCACAGUGUCUGUUCACACAAUGCCUUAGCAUAAUGUGAGUGUUUACAAUACUAUAUGAAAUAUUGUAAAUGACAGUAAGGGGACAGAUUGGAGAAGCCAUGGUUGCCUAUCAAUAACAGGUGUACACCUGGGUCAUCCUGUGGAAUCUGCCACCAACUGAAACUUCUGAUUCUAUAUAUAUGCAUUGAAAUGCAUGUGUACAUAUGUAAUUUUGCUGGCAAACUACUCUCACAGAGAUGCUCAAAUGCUGCAUUUAUAGGGUUUGCCCUGCAACAGUGAUGUGUUGCUAUGAUGAACUAACAGCUUUUGAAGCUUCUCAAUAAACUUGUUAAU